AUGGGUGGUAAUAAGCGUGCCACUCAAGGAUGGAUUGCAAAUAUAGUUACUGACAAGUUGAAGUCUGAUGGGGACAUUUCUCCCAUGGAGCUUAGAAAGUGGAUUAUGAAAACUUACAAUGUUAACGUACCAUACCUAAAAGUAUUCAGAGGGAAAGAGCAAGCAUAUACUGAUAUGCAUGGUAAAUGGGAAGACUCUUUCAUGAAGAUGGAUGUAUUUAGGGAAGAAUUGCUAAACAGGAACCAAGGAAGCGUUGUCGAAAUUGACUUUGAUGUAGUUGGUGGCAAGAAACGCUUCAAAAGGUUUUUUAUUUCUCUGGCCGCUUGUUCGAGAGGGUUUCUUGCUGGUUGUCGUCCUUAUAUUAGUCUUGAUGCUUGCCAUUUAAAAGGAAAAUUAAACGGUGUAUUGGCCGCUGCAACUAGUGUUGACGCUAACGAUUUCAUCUUCCUGAUAGCCUAUUGUGUGCUUGAAUCAAAGAACACACAAUCAUGGAUAUGGUUCCUUGAAUCACUUCAAAAAGCAAUUGGGACGCCAAGUGGUCUUGUUAUCUCAUCAGACAUGCAAAAAGGGUUAGAAGUUGCCAUCAUGCAUGUUUAUCCUAACGUUGAGCAUAGAGAAUGUAUACGACACUUAUAUAGCAAUUUCAAGAAACAUUUUCGUGGUAAAUUCUUCAGCAAGAAACUAUGGAGGGCUGCAAAAACCUACUUGCCUACCAAGCAUGAUAGAUUAUUGAAGGACAUUGGUGAUGUAAGUCAAGACGUCAUCAUAUAUCUAAAUACCAACCACAAAAAGGUAUGGAGUAGAAGCAAGUUUGGCAUAACUUCGAAGUGUGAUUAUGUCACUAAUAAUAUUUCAGAAUCAUUUAAUUCUUGGAUCGGUGUAUUGCGCUAUCAACCCGUGCUUGAUCUACUUGAUGCAAUUAGAGAAAAAGUUAUGAAAAGAUUUGAUAAUAAAAGAAUGUUAGUGAACAAAUGGAAUGGUACAUUGGUUCCUAUUGCUAAGAAUCAUGUUAAUGGCAUUUCAAAGAACUUGGGUGAAUAUGAAGUUUGUAGAAGUUGUGACAAUAAAGCUGAAGUGAAAUGCAAGGGACAACGUUGGGAGGUCUAUUUAGAUGAAAGAAAAUGCAGUUGUCGGGUGUGGCAAGUUACGGCCUUCCAUGUGUACACGCAGCAGCUUUUAUUGCUUUUACGAGGGAUGUUAAUUGGGACAAACAUGUUGAUUCGUGUUACACUAUAG